UGUGUUUUUCGUAGAUAAUAAGAUUUGUGCCAUAAUAGCAAAUUGAAUAUGGACGACACUUAUAUAUCUAAGUUGGAAGCUUAUAGAAUUCUACAUUUGCCCGAGGGUGCUGAUGAAAGUCAAAUCAAAGUAGCUUACAGACACCUUGCAUUGUCGUAUCAUCCGGAUAAACAUGAAGAUUCAAGCCAUGCUACUGAGAUGUUCCAAAAAGUAAGCAUGGCGUACAAAAGGUUAACCGAACCCGACGCUGAGGAUUAUUCAACAGCGUUCGCAAAUUUCUUCCGUAGAUAUCCCACCGUUUCAGUGAGUAUUAUGCAAGAUAACGAGUUGAUACGGGUCGGGUUGUCAAGCUCUGAUGACGAAGAAGUUUGCUCCAGGAAUUGUCGAGAUUGCCACAAGAAACGGGGUUAUCGAAAAUCUCGCAUCAAACGUGAAGCGUCGGAAGAAAUUACUGAUCCCAAGGUUUUGGAGGCCAAACAACAGAUUGCGGAUAAAAUUGCUGAAGAAUUAAUUAAAGUUGAAAAUCAAGAAAAACAAAAAGCGAAUCAAAAACGAGAAAAAAGAAUGAGGCAAAAAAAGAAGAAAAAAGAAAAAUUGCAAAGUGAAAAUAAUUUAGUUGAAAAUAAUUUGAAAGAAAAUGAAUUGAAUGAAGUUUGUGCGAAGGGAGACGAAAAAGAUAUAGUAAAUAAUUCAAGUUUAAAAGAAGCGAAACAUUCGAAUGGUUAUCAUAAGUCGAGCGGUCAUAUACCACAUGAGGGAGAUAAAGAGGUUAAUAAAAAAAAUUCACCAAAAUCUUCAAGUGAUUCUGACGAACCUGAAUGGGACGAACACAGCGCGUUUUUUUCCAAAGUUGCCAAAAUAAAAGUGAAACCCACCCCUAAGGUGGUUCCAGCGAGCCCGGUUAAAAAAUCUGAGAAAAUUAUUGAGGAGACGGAGGAGCAGAAAAAAGAACGAUUAAUUUUAAAAUCCCGUCAACUGGCUAUGAAUGGUAACGACCGUGCAGCUGAGGGUCGGUUUAAUGACGCGGUGAAUUUAUUCACGCAAGCAAUACAACUACACGGGGUUGACCAUCGAUAUUACGGCAAUCGGUCGUAUUGCUAUGAUAGAUUGGGAUUGUUUCAGAGAGCAUUGGAUGACGCAACCACCGCUGUUCGACUGAAUCGUGAUUGGCCGAAAGCUUAUUUUCGUAAGGGGAGGGCACUGUGCGGGUUGAAGAGAUACACAGAAGCUGAGGAAAUGUUUCACAAAGUUUUACAACUUGAUAAACAUUGUAAUGAAGCUAGAGAUGAACUUCAUCAAGCCAGGAUUUGGCAACUUGUUGACAUGGGAUUCUCCCGACAAUUAUGCGAAGUAGCGCUACGUAAACACGGUGGUGUGGAAAAAGCUUUGGAAGAUUUAUUGAGUGGAGUGUUGAAUGAAACUUCGUUGAAGGAUGUUUAUGUUUCCGACGAAGAAUCCGAAGAAUUUUUUAAAAAUGAAAUAAAGUCGGAACCAACGAAAGAAGGAAUGUAUUCGUUGGUACACACCAACACAUUAUGGAUCGGCGACAUGAGUCCCGCGGUCACCGAACAAAUGUUGAGUGAAUACUUCAGUAAGUAUGGGAAUGUAGUUAGGAUUGUAAUGAUGUUGACGAAAAGAUGCGCGUUCGUUACGUUUGAUACCGAGGGGGAGGCAAGGAAGGCAAUACUUGCUAGCGAUUGCAUUCAGAUAAACAACACAAUGUUGAUUCUAAGAUUCCCCGAUAAAGCUUACAACAACAAACCUGUGAGAUAUCAUGGCCCUCCAAGGUUUUCGAAUCGCAACGCUAAUUCUGCUGCACCGGUGACCUCUGGAACAAUACCAACAAAGGUUCCCACCCGCACCACCUCCACCACCCUUGAUAAAACCGGGGCAAUACAAACAAAGUUUCAUACAGUGGCCCCUAUAACAUCGGGACGUCGUGAAUGUUUCUUCUGGCGCAACCGUGGUUGUCAGUACGGGGAUCAGUGCAGAUAUUUGCACAUACCCCAAAACAAAGGGAUCGAAUUAUCGUGAUUUUAAUUUCCGUGCUUUGCCUUAAAAUGAGUGAUUUUGUGCUUUUUGAUAAUUGUGAGAAAUUUUAAAGUUUCAGUAAAAAUAUAUUUCAUCUAUGGUAGUGGUUUAUUUUUAUGCAAAAUAAACCAAUUAUGCUAAAUAGUUGUGUUGUUUCAGGGAGUCUUAA